ACGUCUCAUUUGACUGUGGAGGCAGAACGUCUCAUUUCACUGUGGAGACAGAAUAUCUCAUUUCACUGUGGAGGCAGAAUGUCUCAUUUCACUGUGGAGGCAGAACAUCUCAUUUCACUGUGGCGGCAGAACGUCUCGUUUCACUGUGCUCGCAGAACGUCUCAUUUUAAAGGUCUUAGAAUGCCAAUUUAUCAAAUGAUAAUUUUUGUAAACAAUUUAAGUGGCAAUAGUAAAUCAAAAAGUCACAGUUCAUCUAUUCAGAGCCUUGAAACAGUUGUUUGGCCCAUGGUAAUGUUUAAUUUAGCACACCAGCAUCACCUUUCAUCCAAUCAGAGCCUUGAAACAGUUCUUUGGCCCAUCCUAAAGACAGAGCUACUAAUGUUUAAUUUAGCACACCAACAUCACCUUUCAUCCAAUCAGAGCCUUUAA